AUGGUUGAUUCGGCCCUCACUAUACUCCACAAUUUUAGAAGAUGGAACCCCAAAGAAACUAAAUCUAACUCGGUGAACAGGAACCUACCGGUCAUCUGGCAACCACCGAGGCGAAACGCACUGAAGAUCAACACCGACGGCUCAUACGUGUCGAGGUCGCCAAUGGGUGCCAUUUCAUGCCUUAUUCGAGAUGAAUCGAGGGUGCUUUGCGACGGAUUUGCCAGAUUUGUUCGGACGUCGUCCAUUUUGCAGCUGGAAGCCCUAGCUCUUCUAGAAGGCAUAAAGCACGUGCAAGAGAGAAGAAGUGAAGUGUUUGAGUAUGAGUCAGACAGUCUGGAAGUAGUCAACACCAUUAACAGCUCAAAUCAGCCUCUGUGGGAAGUCAACGCAAUUAUUUUAGAGGUCCGCGACUUACUGGGCCGGCUUUCUAAUGUCUCUGUAGCCCAUAUUGAUAUAGGUGCUAACCAAGCUGCAAACUGGGUGGGUAAGCCAGAGACAAAAUUCUCUUUCUUUGGAGUAGGUAGCCAACCCUCCUCAAAAUCUUUGAAAUUUACUUUGUUUUGA